UGCCGCCUCACAGUUCAAUCGAUUCUAUCGGCGUAUCGUCUGAGAGCGCCUAUCUCGCAGGGAGUUGUGGGAAGCCGCAGCCCAUUUCUGCCUCUUUCUCUGAGUGCCGGUGAUAUCGCGUUUUGUCGCUCCCACUCUCCGGCUCACCCACACACCAUCAUGGCACUGCACGUCCCCAAAGCCCCGGGCUUUGCCCAGAUGCUGAAGGAAGGAGCCAAGCACUAUUCUGGCUUGGAAGAAGCAGUAUUCCGUAAUAUCCAGGCCUGUAAAGAGCUCGCCCAGACCACACGCACUGCUUAUGGCCCAAAUGGAAUGAACAAGAUGGUUAUCAAUCAUCUGGAGAAGCUUUUCGUUACAAACGAUGCCGCUACCAUUAUAAGGGAACUAGAGGUUCAGCAUCCGGCUGCCAAAAUGGUUGUGAUGGCUUCCCACAUGCAAGAGCAAGAAGUGGGAGAUGGGACUAAUUUCGUCCUGGUCUUUGCUGGCGCUUUACUUGAGCUGGCAGAAGAGCUUCUGAGAAUGGGACUGUCUGUAUCUGAGGUGAUUGAAGGUUAUGGAAAGGCCUGUAAGAAAGCCUUGGAAAUACUCCCUGACCUGGUCUGCAGUUCAGCGAAAAAUUUACGGGAUAUCGAUGAAGUGGCCUCCCUUCUUCAGACUUGCAUCAUGAGCAAGCAGUAUGGCAACGAGCUCUUCCUCUCUAAGCUCAUAGCCCAGGCAUGCGUGUCUAUCCUGCCCGAGUCUGGUCAUUUUAAUGUUGACAACAUCAGAGUGUGCAAAAUUUUGGGAUCCGGGAUCUGCGCCUCUUCUGUUUUGCACGGCAUGGUUUUCAAAAAGGAAGCGGAAGGAGACGUUACUUUUGUAAAAGAUGCCAAAAUCGCGGUUUAUUCCUGUCCGUUUGAUGGAAUGAUCACUGAGACAAAGGGCACCGUGCUGAUAAACAGCGCACAGGAACUGAUGAACUUCAGUAAAGGAGAAGACAAUCUGAUGGAGGAGCAAGUGAAGGCGAUCGCAGAUGCAGGGGCCACUGUUAUUGUGACGGGGGGCAAGGUGGCUGACAUGGCUCUCCAUUACGCAAACAAAUACAAUCUCAUGGUCAUAAGAUUAAACUCCAAAUGGGAUCUUAGAAGACUGUGCAAAACUGUAUGUGCAACUGCCCUUCCCAGGAUGACUCCUCCUACAGUUGAGGAAAUGGGACAUUGUGACAGUGUUUACUUGUCAGAAGUUGGGGAUACACAAGUUGUUGUGUUCAAACACGAAAAAGAAGACGGCGCCAUUGCUACAGUUGUGAUCCGUGGCUCCACAGACAAUCUCAUGGACGACGUGGAAAGAGCCGUGGACGACGCCGUGAACACUUUCAAAGUCCUCACCAGGGACAAGCGCCUUGUGCCUGGAGGCGGAGCAACUGAAAUCGAGUUGGCAAAACAGAUAACAUCUUACGGAGAGACCUGCCCUGGGCUGGAUCAAUACGCCAUUAAAAAGUUUGCUGAAGCCUUUGAGUCCAUUCCAAGGGCCCUGGCGGAAAAUUCUGGUGUCAAAGCAAACGAAAUCCUCUCCAAACUCUACGCAAUGCACCAAGAAGGCAACAACAACGUGGGAUUCGACAUUGAGGCGGAGAGUGCGGCAGUGAAAGACAUGCUGGAAAGCAACAUAUUCGACACGUAUCUAAUGAAAUACUGGGGGAUAAAGUUGGCUACAAACGCAGCCAUUACUGUACUUAGGGUUGACCAGAUUAUAAUGGCAAAAGCAGCUGGUGGACCAAGAGCCCCCAAACAGCAAGGACACUGGGAUAAGGAUGACUGGCAAGACGAACCAGACAAAUCUUAGGGCUCCAUCAUUAUGGCAAAACCAGCAGGAGGCCCAAAAGCACCAACGGGAAAGAAGGACUGGGAUGACGACCAAAAUGACUGAACGAAUGUCUGAAUCCGUUGGUCUAAUCAUUAAGUGCAGUACAGAUUUUUUUUUUUGCAAUUUGUUCACUUACCCUUAAGUUAAAUACUGUAUAAUAAACGUUCCGUUUCCGAUACCCCUGCUAA